CUCAGAGACUGCUUCACAUUUUCUACACUUGUUUGGUAAGUUGAACGCCUUGCCACCAUGCAGAGGACCGUGCACGCGCCUCUGCAGUUUUAUGAGAAGCUGGCCAGAGGGAUGAACUCGGACCAGGAAAGGCCGUAUGUGUGCAACGCUCCUGGCUGUUCCCAGCGAUUUCCCACAGAGGACCAUCUAAUGAUACAUCGACACAAACAUGAGAUGACCCUCAAGUUCCCUUCAAUAAAGAAUGACAACAUGUUAUCAGACCAGACACCCACGCCGACACGAUUCUUGAAGAACUGCGAGGAGGUGGGAUUGUUUAGCGAGCUGGACUGCUCCAUUGAACAGGAGUUCUGCAAAGCCCAAGAAGAAGAGGACAGUAAACAGAACAUUGCAUUGCAUGGCCAAGGAGGCCAAGCCCAGCACCAGCAGACCCACUCACGCAUGGGAAACCAUGAUACCAGCAUAGUGAUCCAGCAGGCCCUGCCCUCGCCUCAGUCCAGCUCCGUCAUCACUCAGGCUCCAUCCACCAACAGACAGAUUGGGCCUGUCCCCGGCUCUCUGUCCUCACUACUGCACCUACGGAACAGACAGAGACAGCCUCUGCCAGCCUCCAUGCCUGGAACCCUGCCAGACCCAACCAUGCCUGGCUCCUCCGCCGUGUUGAUGCCUAUGGAGAGACAAAUGUCCAUGGGCUCCAACAUGAUGGGCAUGCAGAGCCCGGCCCACAGCAACUCCUGCUCCUCCGCUCACAUUCCCUCCAUGCACUCAGAGGCCAAAUUGAGGUUGAAGGCUGCACUUUCACACCAUCCCGGUGCCAUCGCCAACGGCAACAUGAACUCCAUGGGCCACAUGAUGGAGAUGAUGUCGUCGCGGCAGGAGCAGGGCGCCCACCACCACAUGCACUCGCAUCCGCACCAGCACCUGCAAGCCCCGCCCCACUCGUACCAGCACCACGGACACCACCAUCACAGCCAGGGCCACGGCCAGGGCGGACACCACCACCCGCAGGGACACAAUCACCACCACAACUCUCACAACCACCACCUCCACCCCGGGCAUCCACACCAGACCUCGCCGCACCCUCCCAUGCACUCUGCAUCACAGAUGUCGCCUGCGACCCAGCAGAUGCAGCCCACGCAGACCCUGCAGUCUCCGCCACCCAGCGGCGGGCGGCGCAGGCGAGUGGUGGACGAGGACCCAGACGAACGCCGACGGAAGUUCCUGGAGCGAAACAGGGCGGCCGCAACGCGAUGCAGACAGAAGAGGAAAGUGUGGGUGAUGUCGUUAGAGAAGAAAGCGGAGGAGCUCACCCAGACCAACAUGCAGCUUCAGAAUGAAGUGACCAUGCUAAAGAACGAGGUGACCCAGCUAAAGCAGCUUCUCCUCACACACAAGGACUGCCCCAUCACCACUAUGCAGAAAGAGUCUCAAGGUUACCUCAGUCCAGAGAGCAGCCCGGCAGGCAGUCCAUCCCCAGCAUGCUCCCAGCAGCAGGUCAUCCAGCACAACACCAUCACCACCUCCACCACGACCGUAGGGGGCGGCAGCGUGCACGGGCAGGCCAACCACCGCACAGAUAUUAACCCCAUUCAUUAAUGACAAGACAGAACUAUAACCUCAGCUGCAACCAGGAACCCCACCAACCCCACCCCCAACCCCACCCCCACCCCCACCCCCACCGCCACCACCCUUUGCUUUCGGAGGGUCACCAACUGACUUGCUGCCUUCAUCCCUCCAUCAAAAGAAAAAAAAAAUAAAACCUCAAGGGCCUGAGAGGUCGUUCUUUAUACAGUAGCUACAGUAUCUAUUUUUAUAGACAAACUCAGUUAAUGCAUACGUGUUGAAUGUUUUUUUUUUUUUGCUUUUUUUUUU